UUCCGUUAUUCUUGUAGGAGGAGGUAUAACGUGUGUUGUUGCAUUCCGGCAUUCAGGCUGUUUAGAAAGUUUUGUACAAUUGUUGGAUUUGAGAAGUCUUUGUACACGUUUGUUGUAUCCGAGUAACUAGUUUGUUGAAGCAGUGAUGUCGGAACCCGGCCGAGCGAGGGGGCGAGCCCGGGGCAGGGGCCGCCAGUCGCAGACCCCGGGACCCUCCCAGUCCCAGCAGCAGCAGCAGCAGCAGCAGCCGCCCCAGAGGCCCCACGGCCUGCAGCAGGGAGCUGCCCCGCCACAGGCCCCGCCGGCCCAGCAGCAGCCGCGCAGCACGGGCCGUGCGGUACACCGCGUGGCCUCCGGCCGCCAGGAUGCCGGCGACACCAUCGCCACCCGCAUGCAGGAGAUGCAGAUAGCAGGUGGUAAUGGGAAUGGUAAUGGCGGCGGAGAUGCUCCGUCGGUGGGGCGCGGGGUCACCCGCGGCAGGCGGCAGCUGGUCCCGGAGGCCAUCAUCCGGACCAGGCCCGACAACCUCAACUCCAAAGUUGGCACGUCAGGUCAGCCGAUACGUCUGACCGCCAACUACUUCAUGCUGGAGACCAGACCUGAUUGGGUGUUGUAUCAGUACCGCGUGGAUUUCUCUCCGGACGAAGAUCUCACCGUCAUCCGCAAGGGCCUGCUCAGAGACCACAAGGCAAAGUUCGGGGGCUACUUGUUCGACGGCACCAUGCUGUUCACCACACUGCGACUCAACCCUGACCCCAUGGAGGUGUUCUCCAAGAGGGAAGGCACGGAUGCCCAGGUGCGCAUCACCAUCCGCCUGGUGGGGGAAGUGGCCAGCACGGACUACCAGUACCUGCAGGUGUUCAACAUCCUGAUGAGGAAGUGUCUGCGUGCCCUCAAGCUGCAGCUGGUGGGGCGUAACUACUUCGACGCCCAGGCCAAGGUGGCGGUGAACGAGUACAAGCUGGAGCUGUGGCCGGGAUACGUGACCAGCAUCCGGCAGCACGAGCAGAGCAUCCUGAUGUGCGCGGAGAUCACGCACAAGGUCAUGCGGCAGGACACGGCGCUGGGCCUGCUGCAGGAGUGCCUCGCCAGGAGCAACCGCGAGUACAAGGAACUGUUCAUGAAAGCCAUCACGGGCAGCAUCGUGCUGACGGACUACAACAACCGCACGUACCGGAUAGACGAUGUCGACUGGCAGGCCACCCCCGCCACGCCCUUCGAGUACGGCCAGGGACAGCAGAUAACCUUCAUGGACUACUACAAGCAGAAGUACAACAUCAGGAUCACGGAGCCCACCCAGCCGCUGCUGGUGUCGCGCGCCAAGAUGCGCGAGCGCCGUGCGGGCAUGAGCGAGACCAUCCAGCUGGUGCCGGAGCUGUGCCGCCUGACGGGGCUCACGGACGACAUGCGCGGCAACUUCCACUUGAUGAGGGCGCUGGCGGAGCACACGCGCAUCGGGCCCGAGGCGCGCAUCGAGAAGCUGCUGGUGUUCAGCCGCCGCCUCCUCAACGAGGAGAGCGUGCGCAGCGACUUCAAGGAGUGGAACAUGACCCUGUCGAACCGACUGGUGGAGUUCAACGGCCGAGUGCUGCCCCCGGAGCGCAUCAUCCUGGGCAAGGACCGCGGCCAGGAUGUCAAGUGCGAGGUGGGGCAGGACGCGGACUGGACCCGGAACCUCAGGAGCAACCCCAUGUGCGCCAUGGUGGAGCUGGGCAACUGGGUGCUGGUGGCUCCGAGCAAGUUCCGUCGCGACGCCCAGGGCUUCGCCCAGACCCUGCAGAAGGCAGCCGCCGGGAUGCGCUUCAUGGUGGCCGCCCCACAGUUCUACGACCUGGACGACUUCCGGACGGCCUCGUACGCACAGGCGCUGGACCAGAUCACGGCCAGCAAGCGCCCGCAGAUCAUCAUGGUGGUGGUGCCCAACAACCGCGUGGACCUGUACGGGGCCAUCAAGAAGAAGUGUGCGGUGGAGCGAGCCAUCCCCACGCAGGUGAUCCUGGCCAAGAACCUGGCCAGCAAGGGAGUCAUGUCCAUCGCGACCAAGGUGGCCAUCCAGCUCAACUGCAAGAUCGGCGGCUUCCCCUGGACCGUCGAGAUACCCCUCAACGGCCUGAUGGUGAUUGGCUACGACGUGUGCCACGACACGGGCUCCAAGGGCAAGAGCUACGGGGCGCUGGUGGCCUCCCUCGACAAGACCUUCGGCAGGUACUUCUCCACGGUGUCGGCCCACACCAGCGGGGAGGAGCUGUCCGCCCACCUGGCCGUCAACAUCACAAAGGCUCUUCACAAGUACAGGGCCGUGAAUCAAGCUUUGCCAUCGCGCAUUGUCAUCUACAGAGAUGGAGUUGGGGAAGGCCAGCUCCCGUAUGUCGCCCGCAAUGAAGUGAAUGACAUCAGGAAGCACCUGGCCAGCGUGUACGGAGACACCCCCGUGAUGCUGUGCGUGAUCGUGGUCACCAAGAGGAUCAACACGCGCCUGUUCUCCAGGGGGGGCAACCCCCCGCCGGGCACCGUGGCCGACGAUGUGGUCACCAACCCGGAGAAGUACGACUUCUUCCUGGUGUCCCAGUCGGUGCGCCAGGGCACGGUCAGCCCCACCUCCUACAACGUCAUCUUCGACACCCUGGGGCUGCCCCCGGACCGCCUGCAGCGGCUCACCUACAAGUUCUGCCACCUGUACUUCAACUGGAGCGGCACCGUGCGAGUGCCGGCGCCGUGCCAGUACGCCCACAAGCUGGCGUUCCUGGUGGGACAGGCGCUGCACCGCCCGCCCCACUCCCAGCUCGAGGACUUCCUCUACUUCUUGUGAGCCUGGAAGUACACGGACUCUUUUUUAACAUUUAUGUGUGUUCCUUGGAAACAUUCCACCUGUUCUACGUCGGAAGCAGAACUCGACGAAUGUGAGAGUGGGUUUGGUGGAAGUUACAAGACUGACAUUCCUCUGGACGCAACUGUUGUAAUACAAGUGUGCUGGCAGGUUGGCAAGGAAGCAUGUGCCUUAGUCAUAUUCUGUUUGUUACUGUAGAACCUCGAUUUUACAUUUUGUUUAUUUAAACUCCUAUAUUAUGCAUAUAUUUUAAUUUUGUUUCUAGACCCACGCCCAUAUUUUCUAAUCCUAUAAUGUACCAUACAAGAAAAUAAUGGUUUACACUGAUCUACACUUCAAUUGUGCCAUGUGUAAUGGGUUAUAUUUAUUCUUAUUUCGCAUAGCAAUUUUUUGUGUUUAAUGUCUAGCCUAAUUUCAGGCCUUAGCAUAUUGUUGAUAUGCGGGACAGGUAUGUAUUUAUUGGACUAGUCAUUAGGAUGGCAGUUAUUCUUACCUGUGUAUGCAGCCAUAUUUUAAUAUUGAGUACCUCAAAAAUGAUUAGGUAUGAUUUUUUAUUUUGCUUUAUGUUGAUAUGCAUAGAAGUGAAAUUGACAAUUUUAUUAUGUCAUGUAAAGGUAUGAACAGGUUUUAAAACUGAAUUUACUCAAAUAUGAUACCCAUUUUUUUGGUGUCUUUUUGAGCUCAGGAAAUGAACUGUGUGUGUUGCAGCCAAGUAUUGUGGAAUGCCGUAAUAAAUAUUGAUUUAGACCUCAAUUCACACAAUUAAGUAUCACUAUUUAUUUAUCACAGAAAUGCAGAGAAACUUAAUUACACAUUAGAAAUGUUGUCACUAUCAGUGUUUUGUAUGAUGAAUCUCAGGCAUUUUUUGUUUUAAAUUUUUGUUGUGUCUACUAAAUAUCUGGCACAAUUAUGUUGUUAUAAUCGAGUGUGGUUAAAUUAAAUUAAUUUUACUUGGAGUCCUGUGAGUAUAAAUUUAUACCCAAGGAGAUUCAAGAAACCAAGCAUGCAGUGCAUUAUCAAAUGUUAAUUAAUAAUGGUAGAAGUGAAAAAAAAUUAACGUUUCGGAUUAAAAUGAUUACUGUUGGGUGUGUUUAAAGUUGGCAGCACUGAGUGUUAUAAUGGGAUCUUGAAUCCUACGUAUUCAUUUUUUCUAAAACACAUCUGUGAAGCUAUUCCUAGUUUCAGUUGGAUUUUUAAUAUUGGCGUGUUGCCACAUCUGGAGGCAAACCCAACAUUUGCAGUGUGUGUAGCACAAGUUAUUCAGUGAGGUAACAUUUCCAGGAGAUAGUACAAGGAUGGGGGAUAAGUAGCCAUGUAACAUUCAGCUAGAUACUGUAUAAAGACCCAUUUACAUUGGAAAUUUAUAUCAUACAAUGUAUAUAUUGACACUUUCACAUUACCUGUGUAAACAUGCCUGACAUUAAUUGUCGCAUACAUAUGUGAUCAUCUCCAAACAUGUUGCACUUCUUUCUUGUCUCAAGUUUAAAUGCCAACCCACCUGACACCGCUCCGCGAGAAAUCAUGUGUCGAGACCUUUUUACUUUAAAGUGUAAAUGCUUCUUGAUAAUGAGUGUGACAAUUAUUCCACUAAUUGGUUUUGAUUGUAAACACAUAAUGAAGGAAAUGCUUGUGUCUCGAAUAUUUAUAGCUUCAGUUCAAGGGAUUUAAACUUUUGAGAUGUCAGAAAAAUCAUGAGUUAUGUGGCAAAGAAAAGAUAACCAAGGAGUGACGUAAAGAAUUUUGAAUUGAGGUCAAGUUGGAUGUUAACUAGAGGUGUAAUAGUAACGAAAAAAAGCGUACCUGUAUGUGUUCGUUACUAUAACAAUUAGUACUCGUUACUUUUGUAUCGUUAUGUUACUCAUUACUUUUGAUACCGCAUAACAUAAUAUGUUAUGUUGCAGCAACGAAUCGAGUCAUAUUGCGUACACGUACAGUAUGACAUCGCGUAAAUAAUAAUAAAUCAAAUAUAAACAAUUAAAAAUAUUUGAUAAUUAACAGCUUUUGUUAACCAAGAAACAUAUAAAUCUCAUUAGAGCAGCUUUAUUAGAGCAAAAAAAUGUGAAAAUACGCGAUAAUAAAAAACAAAACAUACAUAUUUAUAAUUUGUUAAAAAAUACUUAUGUUUCUGUUCCAAUCACACUGUCUACACACACAUUACCUUUAAUGAACAGUAAAAAACUUUUAACGACGAAUUUUUAAAUUAUACUUUACUUAAUAAACAAACAUCGUUCUUUGUAACGAAUAAGCGCGUGCAUGCGUAAAACAUACGAAAAAUGUAACGAAAUGCAUUUGUGUGUAAAAUUUCUUAACUCGUUACUAGAUGGCGCACCCGUUACUCAGUACCGAAUACAUACGGUUUGUUACAGCUAUAUUGUUAACGAUAACAGAAUAUUGGGACUGUUGCAAGAAGCAUGUUACUUUGAAAGAAAUAUGGCACUGCAAAAAAUAUCUAGGACAACUGAAUUUGUGAAAUCAGUAAAAACCCAGUUUAAAAAAAGACAUGAGUAUAUUAAUAAUUAUGUUUCUAAAUGGCAAAAUUGUGUGCUUAAACUUUUUCUCAGUGUUAAUAUAAACUUAACUCAGUAAAAUUAUCAUAACAAAUGUGUGGAGGGGUGAACUGGUCUGUCCUUGUAUGUCGGCUUCUGAUAACAGCUUUUUGUAAUGGCAGUUUAAAUACUGAGUACUCUUUACUAAAGUAGCAGUGAAAAAAUAUCUCUUAAAUACUGCAGAUUCUGAAAGAAGCUGAAUUGAACAUUGAUAGUUUUAAUUUUUCUCCACCAUUAGUUUUAAACAAAGUAAAAUGAAAUUUACAAAAAAGAAAUAUUGUAAACUAGAUUUACCUUUUUGAUCACAUUUUAUUAUUUUAAUCCUGUGUCAUGGAAUAAAAUGAAAUAACUUUGUUUGUUAAUGUUUUGAAACAUAACUUUGCUUUUAAGAAAUACAUAUAUCCCUUGUUUUGGUGUCAACUGAUAAUUGAUUGGCUUCAUUGAUGUUUCUUUGUAGUUCGCAACACUGGAAUUUUCGAUGAAGUGUUUACGUGCACACACACACAUUCUAACAGGCACCUGUGACAUGUGAGAAUUGUGACUGCCAAAUUUUCUUGUUGCUUAGGUGAAAAUGGGAAGUUAUUCAUUGUGAUAUUAUAAAAAUUGUAAAAUUCAUACUGAGGGUCAAAAGAAGAAUGUGACUUGAGAAUUGAUGUGACAUGGUUCGAUUAAUAUUAGUGUUGUAAACAGAACCAUAUUUAAUUUUACUUGUGUAAAUUUAAUUUUGUAUUCCCGGGAAAUUUCGAAAGAAAGGUGAUGUGUUUGAGAGAUGAAAAUUAUAUAAAUGGAAACAAAAAAAUAUUUUUAUUCAUACCUAAUCUUCUGGCAAUUGUAUAGUUUGUAAAAUGGGGGUUCUACUAUGUGUUUGCUAUUAUCAGUUUUAACAAGAUAAAAGUGAAUUUUGAGGCAUUUUAAAAUUCUUGCCUGGUUACCAUUUUCAUUUCAUGACAGUAUUCGUGCACAUUAUACUACUUGGAGACUUGCCAAACAUAACUGCUUUUAAUAGAAGCUUUGAAUUAUUUUUGUUUCAGUGUUGACUGUAAUACCUAUUUUGUUUAGCAGUACACAAUGCAGGACUAUUAUUUGGACUUCAUUCAGCCAUUAUAAACAUAGUACAAAUAAGUAAAUGUUUGAAAGUGGAAUUUCGUUUAAUAUUGUUGCCAAGUAUUGUUGAAUGGAUUUUGCCUUUGCUGCAUGUUAGUUGUAUUUAUGAUUGAAUUACACUUUGGAAGAUAUUUUGUUGGUUGUUUUUUUCCUUCUCAGAUCUGUUAAUUUUAGUAAUCUGUGGAUCUGGUUAUUUAAGUAAUCAAGAAUUUUUUUAUUAAUUAAUACAAUGUAAAAUUUUGCAUUUAUUUUACUUGCAUUGUUGCUUAGGUUAAGUGUCUCGACUUUGAGAUCUGCAUCUAGCUGCAGGAAGGGAUCAGCAAUGUUUAUUGCUGGUUUUGCAUUUAUACAUUUCUUAUGUUGUAAAGCAGCAAAAUUUUUAUAUUUUCACAAUGCAAGGACAUGGUGGAACACAAUAGAAGUUGUGAAUCUCCAUAAAAAUACUUUUUAAGCUUAAAAAAAAUGUGAUUACAAUGGAGCAUUAUAAAUUUUUUUUCGAUAGCACUUGCUAUGUAGAAAAUGUCCUUUUAAUCCGCACUGCUGCUUGCUAGUUUAAAAUUUCUCUAGUGGUACUACACGGUUAUAUUUGUUUCAGUGUUUGGUUUGACGACAUGGGUGCUUCAUGGACCACUGUCUUAUUUUUUUAAAUAUCCGUGGAGUGGCGAACAGUUCUGAUCCAUGUGUCAUCCGAGCACUAGUUAGUUCGAUCAGCGAGGUCUAACUGUUGGCUGUUCCUGGCGAUCCCUUUCUGUAGCUGUCUGUAGCGUUGGAGUUGUUACGGCAGAGUGGUGCGGCUGAAGCAUUCCUCUGUGUUUCUCGAGUGUUUACUGUUAAUGUGUACUUGUUCAAUUUAUUCAUAGUUUAAACCUAUUUUUAGUGUUAGUAAGGCCUGAGUAUGUAUGGUCUCAUGUGCUUUCUAUGUUCAGUUUGAUCCUGUGUAUAAACGUAGUUGCUGGGCAUUUCUCAGUGAAGUGUUUUGUACUUUUCAUAAUAAAAUAUUAAAAGAACAAAA